AGGAGUGUCCUCACUUGCCGCAUCGCCAUCACCAUCUUGCUUUAGCCUUAUAAGAAAUUAGUUUGACUUGCUCGCCACUCUCAGCGUAAGGCCGCCACCAUUUUGCGGUAGGUCGCUACCCUCAUUUUUGGCGGUAGGUCGCGACCCUUUAGCGGUAGGUCGCCAUCCUCUUGCGGUAGGUCGCGACCCUUAGCGUGAGGUCGCCACCCUUUUGGCGACUUUUGUGUGUCUAAAAACUGAGUCUUACAGGUCGCCACCCAUAGCGUUUGGUCGCCACCCUUUGGCAUGAGGUCACCACCCUAGCGGUAGGUCGCCACCCUUGGUGUGAUCGUCCCAUUUCGGGACUCAAAGUGCUUUGGGUUCCAAUGGCCAGUUGGAUUACCAAAGCGGUGCUCAGUAGAAUGGGCAAUUUGUACCCCACACAUCGCCAAUGAAUCCGGUGGUUACGUGGGCUUUUCCGGGGCUAAUUUAGUUCAUCGUGAAACUUGUUUCACUUUGUAACUAAAUCGCGCCAUCAGGAGCUUGUCCCACCCAAUAACAAACCGCUUAUGGAAGAGUCUUCCAAGUUUCAUAAAACUUUAAUGGUGUGCCUCAAUUCACCCACUCCUUCUCUUUGAUCCGAUUUGCUCCUCUCUGUCUGAAUCAAAACCAGUGAAGACAAUAUAACUUCUAAUAUCAACUUCAAAAUAAGAAAAUUAGGAAAUACAACUGUUCUAGGAAUGGACAUUGAAGAGAGGCAUAGUACCUAGAGGUAGAGGGAUUGUGCCAAGAGAGAGUGAGAAUGAGAGAGAGUGCUGAAUUUCAAGUGUUAUUUCAUCAAAUGAGCCAAAAAAGUCCCCUCCAAUUGAUAACUACCUCCUAUUUAUAGAGCUUGGGUACUACCUAUUGGGCCAAUUGGGCCUCCGAGGUCAAGGCCCAACUGAAGGCCAGGGCCCCGCCUCAGGGCGGGAUACAUGCUGGGCGUUGCCCCUCUAGGGGCUCGCCCAGUCCACUAGUCCACAAGACACCGAGCUCGAGGUACGAGAGCUAAGGGUGUCUUUUAAAUGCUGUUUGUACACCGGAAUCUACACUGCCAACAUGGCUUGAGAAAAGAGAAGUUAACUAUACCGCCAACAUGGCGUGAGCAAAAGGAAACUAGCAUUUUCAGUUACCCAGUCCACUGACUUGACGAGCAAACCAAGCUGGCAAGUCCACAAGUCCGCAAGCGGCGAGAACGACUACUUUGUAUUGGUGACAAGUUGGAGCAGGUGUAUGAUCUCUCGCCGGCGGGAAAGGUGGCAGGCAUGGGUCAUGUGCCGAUCAUUCAAUCAUUGACUGGCGGUGACCCCGAUGAGCGACCGAACUUCGUUGUUGGUGUCAAUCGUCAGGCGAUGGCGUUUGAUCCUUAUAGUGGCGAGGCUUUUCGCGCCUUCCCUUAUUUUAAAACCCUUUCAAAUUUCUAUCUGCCUCACGUGGCUGCCCCACGUGAUGUGUUGGUUACAUCAAUUUCCCUCUUUCUCCGGAACCGUCACUUCACCUUUCAUAACCGUCCCAUCGUGCGCAGUAACUCCCCUUUGCACGCGACCCACCUCCCCAAAACCACCAUGACUUCCAACCUUCCACACGCGUCCAACACGCGUCACCCUUCCAGCUUCUCCCCUUCUCCUAUAAAAACCCUUCUUCCCCACUGUCAUCCCUUUCCAAGACCCCUCUUCACUUCCCUAAUCGCUUACCAAACUCCUUCUGCCCACUUCCGCUCCGGAGCCGUCGCUUAUCACCCUUUCCGCUACCCACUCUUCACAUCCUACUCCGGUGAGUCCCACUGUCCUUAUCUUUACAUCGCACACAUACUGAUCUUUUCUUUUCUUUCACUUCACUGCCUUCUAAAAAUGGCUUCAAACCCUACCUCCCCUAAUCACUCUUCUUCCUCCUCCGAAAGCGACCCUGACUCCACCGCUGCCGGCGGCCUCCGUUUAGAGGUUCCGGAGAUCCCAGCUCACCGACUACAAACCUACGCCACUCUGCCCCUUCCAGUCCAAGUAGCCCCCAAACACGAGGCUAUAGAUCAACCUUCCAUCUUCCAAGAUAGCGAUCCCAUUGUGCAAUUCGUGAACUCCCUGGGUGGCUUGUCCAAUGACGAUGAGUUUAACGCCAAACUCAGGAUCUGGGUUUGCAGUCCCGGGGAUCGCCCCUGGCUUCACAAGCCAGACGGCGACGUAAAGAGAUCCCAUUUUUUCUUUGCGUACGAAUACAUGUUUAUACACUGGACAAUUUGA